UGCAGAGCCGGGCAACUCGGGCGUUUGGGCGCUCGGUUCAGCGAAAGGAAUUUGGAACUGCACCCCCGGGUGGUGUAGGCUCGUGCUCCAGGCCAGAGAAGCCUGGGCCGGGUCGUGCAGUUAUACUGCAGUGCUGAGCACCCGAGAUGUAAGCUGCCGCUCCAGGCUUCAGUUUUGAGGCGGUCAGUCAAACCCGGCUUGUCCGCGGACCGUUUCCUUCUCCAGGAUCCGGCCGCGUUGGGUGACGGCGAGGCCGUAAAGACGGCUCCUUCAUCUCCCGAGACCACCUGGGAAGCGGGCACUGCGACGGGAGAGCGGCCCAGACGCAGGCUGGCGAUGAAGAGUGACUCGUCGACCUCUGCAGCUGCCCUGGGGGGCUUGGUGGGCCCCGUGCGGGGCAGUGAGCCUGACCGCGUCUCUGCGGCCCCGGCUGCGGCAGCGGCGGUUCUGUUGGAAGAGGCAGCGGACCUCUUAGUCGUGCACCUGGACUUCGGGAAGGCACUGCAGACCUGCGAGCGAGCUUGCGGGACCCUGGCUAGGGCCUCCGUGUCGGAGGAGCCCGCGGGCACCUCCUUGGAGGUGAAAUGCUCCCUGUGUGUAGUGGGGAUCCAGGCCCUGGCAGAAAUGGAUCGGUGGCAGGAAGUCCUAUCCUGGGUUCUUCAGUACUACCAUGUCCCUGAAAAGCUACCUCCCAAAGUCCUGGAACUUUGUAUUCUUUUAUACAGCAAAAUGCAAAAGCCCAGAGUCAUGCUGGAUGUGGGCAGAGCUUGGCUCCAAGAUUUGGACAAUCAGAGACUUCCAGAAUAUCAAGCCUUGGUGCAACUUUACCUGCAGCAGAUACUGCUUCCCCUGGGCUGCUUUUCGGAGGCUGAGGAGCUGGUGGCAGGCUCUGCAGUCCUCACUCAGGAGCAGAAGCUGGGCGCCCUUCAGGCAAUAAGCACGGCGAGGCAGCAGCAGACUCACAGGCACUCUGAGGCUGAGGAAGUCCAGAAACUGAACCAGGAAGGUUCCUCUUCUCAUAAGUUCUUGUCAUUACUGAUUCUACUUCGCAGACUUUGGGACUUUGCAGUGAAGCACUUCUUUUCUCUGCCUUUCAAAAAGAGCCUCUUCGCUGCUUUGAUCCUCUGCUUCUUGGUGUUAAAGUUUGAUCGAGCUUCUCCUUUUUCCCUGCCCUUCCUCUACAAGCUGGCGCAGAUCUUCCACCAUCUCCGGGAGGCCGUGUUUCUCACCUCUGCCACUGCCCGUGACUGAGUUGUCUUUCUCAGUUACCCCAACAUGCUUCUUCCUACAUC